AUCAAUCAUGUAUAAUAAUAUUUAUAUUAUUGGGGAUGAUGAAACGGUGAAGUGUCGCAAUCGGUUUGAAUUCGUCUUUAUUAGGCUGGAUUUUGAUAUAAAUUCAUUCUGAACAGAUGUACUGAGAUCUAGAUCUGGUGUGUGUGCGUGUGGAUUUAGUGAAUAAUGGCGUCCAAAUUGGUGAUGAUUGUGGUUAUUGUUCUGGAUCUUAUUGCUUUUGGAUUGGCUGUUGCUGCUGAACAAAGGAGAAGCACUGCAACCAUACGUAAGGAUGAUGAAGACGAAUACAACAUGUGUGUCUAUGAUUCCGAUAUCUCAACUGGCUAUGGUCUUGGUGCAUUUUUCUUUCUCUUGGCUAGUCAGAUUCUGAUCAUGGUGGCUAGCCGAUGCUUUUGUUGUGGAAAGGCUUUGAACCCGACCGGUUCAAGGGCUUGUGCAGUUAUCCUCUUCAUCUUUUGCUGGAUAACAUUCAUCAUUGCUGAGGCGUGUUUGCUCGCGGGUUCAGUGAGAAACGCGUACCACACCAAAUACAGGACAAUAUUCAGCGAACAACCACCAUCCUGUGAGACCGUGAGAAAGGGAGUGUUUGCAGCCGGAGCCGCUUUCGUGUUCUUCACAGGCAUAAUCUCACAGUUCUACUAUGCAUCCUACUCAAAGGCUAGGGGGGCAUUUCAACCGUAUGGUGGUGAAGCCAAUGUAGGUAUGGGUGCCUAUAAAUAAACCAUAUGUUGGUGUUUCUAGUCUUGCAAGAUUUACACAAGUAUUUUAGGGAUUGGUUGUGGCAUGAAUAUGAUAACAGUUAAGUUUGUUGGUUGAGGUUGUUUAUGUGAAGUACAUGUUUUUGGUCUUUUGAUGCUAUUGAGAAUGUAACAUUUAUGUUUCAUAUAUAGUGACUGUGUUUAAUGUUAAUAGGCGGUUCUUCGAAUUGGUGGUUAACUGUCGGUUAUUUU